AUGGGUCCUCCGAUUGUCAACUUUCCCAGCCUCCAGCCCGCCAUUGUCUGGAAGGUUAAUGCGGGCGCCGCUCACCCGGUUGGACCUCGCCAGAGUGGCUCGAACCUGAUCCAUUUCGAAACCCCCACUGGUACAAUUGAAACUGUGGAGGGGUUUGAGCCCCGGUUCAAAGGCAAGGUCGUCUUCGGUGCGGACUGGCUCGAGAUUGAUCCAGACCAGAAGCAUGCCCGGAUCAACAUGAAGGCCAUUGCCACGUCCAGCACGGAUGAAGGCAAGGAAAUUAGUUUCGGAUAUACGGGGACCAUUGAGCUCAACGAGGCGGUGAUGAAAAUUUUCAACCAGGCGCCUGAUUCGGAGAGCGUACCAUUUGGCUUCAGCAGUGAGUUUUCCUUCUCCCAUGUCAUGAGUGGAUGGAUUCAUACUAAGCAAUCCCAAGCGGGAGCGCACUCUUUCUUCAGCGGUGACCCAUCCUUGAGCGAGCUGGAGAACAUGACUUUGGUGGGCAAUGGACGAAUGCUGGUGGAUCCAGAGACGCGUGUAAUCACCGUGGAGUCUCGCAUCUCGAGGGUCAUUCCUGCUACGGGCUUCGACUAG